CUCGCAAUCAAGCACAAUGUCUGGACUGCUUAUGCUCGUCUACAUCUCCAACAGUGCUAUUGUCGUCUGCGCAUAGUGGAUGCCCUGGUGACUUGAGGAAGGCUUGCGACUUGCAGGCGGAAGCUAUCCGCAGCAUACUCUCCCGAGUUCAUCAAGAUGAAGGUUCUUGAUCCUCAAGCAGCUCUCCUUACUACUUCGGAAGUGCAUCGCUUCUUAGCCAAGAAUCCACCACGGCCGUCGCCAAAGAACAUUGGGUCUUACCAGUCAGUAAACUUGAAGAACUACGAACGUGUCCGGGAAGAUUUCCAGCAUUAUGUGGCGAGCACCGUACCCUACAUCGAGAACUUCCCACCUCCCGAGACCUUCGUCAAAGCGGUAGUACCUAAGCUGCGGAACUUUGGUCUGACCAAAGCUGAAGUAUUCAACUUGAUCAACCUCGGAGUUGGCCUGCCUAGGAAUCAAUCUGCGUCGAAGUCCGAUGCACCCGACGGCGAAAUGGAUGUCGACGAGGAACAAGCGGCUGAAGAUGCCGGAGAGCCAGAUGAUCGACAGUUAUUAUCUUUGAUCAUUGAAGAGCUGGAAGAAAGAUUCUCGGGCGAAGAGGGGGAAGCCAAAAUUGAGAAAAUACUCGCCACCAUGCGAACAGAAUAUGACCGCGCCCAGGUAACGGCCGCAGCCAACGGAGCCAAUGGCACGAAACGAACAUGAAGCGUUUAGCAGCAUACUUCUUUGCUAUUCACACAGACACCCAGCUUCCGAGCGUCAACAGCAUCCGCCGGUCACUUUCAGACAUCCAAGUUCACAGCGACCAGGAACAGGGCAACUGCAAAGGGCCAGCGAAAUGGUCCAAGAAAACUCAUACCUGGCUGCAUUCCAGACACUCAUGUGUCACAGAGCUGCGACCAAAGCUGCAUUCAGGAGGAUGUACUGCAUGGUUACCUGGUACCUAAGGUCUUUUUCGAAUUUCAGGAGAUCGACUGUUUACCGAUUGUGAAAGGGGUUAACCUCUUUUGGCUCUAAGAGAGCAAGACAGAUCUGUUGGAGAGUGCUGUUGCAGAUUUGGAAUACUCAGCAGGAGUGCUGCCGUCAAUCCUCCAGGAAUUAUUGCGUCUGAAGCUUCUCGGAAGUGGUGUGCUUGGAGAUUGUCAGUCGGCUUGAUCUCGACAAUCGCUACUGAUACGGAGUAGGGGGACUAGUAGGAUCGCACUUGGGUGCGGUGCCCUCUCGACUGAUGAGAGGGAUCUGCAUUAGGUCUGGGAUAUUCCGUACAGGAUUGCUGGUUCUUCGCGCCUUUUCAGCCGCAGAUUGGGGUCCAAAUUAGACAACAAAGGCUUGAGCCCCUGGCCGAGCCUGCAGUGCCCUGCCAAUAUUUGCUACUGUAGCUUGAAGCACGACAUGGUCCUAAGAUGUGAUGGAAUACGAGCGCGUUUAAAUUGAUCACAUGCUAGUCAAACAAAGUCUUUU